GAUUUUCAGCAGAAUGUAACAGAUGUCAAAGGGGGAAAAGCACAAGGCAAAGUGCUCUCUCUCUGUGUCUCUCUCUGUUUCUCUCUCUCUUCUCCUUUUUUGCCUUAUUCUAUUGGAUUUUUUGCCCUAAGCUUCUACCUGGGAUUUUUCCUUUGGAAAAGUCUCUGAGGUUUUUUCAAAAUAUGGAACUUGAUUUUGGACACUUUGACGAACGAGAUAAAACAUCUAGGAACAUGAGAGGCUCACGAAUGAAUGGGUUGCCCAGUCCAACUCACAGCGCCCACUGUAGCUUCUAUAGAACCAGAACCUUGCAGGCAUUGAGCAAUGAGAAAAAAGCCAAGAAGGUACGUUUCUACCGCAAUGGGGACCGCUACUUCAAAGGGAUUGUGUAUGCUGUGUCUUCUGACCGUUUUCGCAGCUUCGAUGCUUUAUUGGCGGACCUCACGAGAUCUCUGUCUGACAACAUCAAUCUGCCUCAGGGAGUGCGUUAUAUAUACACCAUUGAUGGAUCCAGGAAAAUUGGAAGUAUGGAAGAACUAGAAGAAGGGGAAAGCUAUGUCUGUUCAUCAGACAACUUCUUUAAGAAGGUAGAGUACACCAAGAACGUCAACCCCAACUGGUCUGUCAAUGUGAAAACAUCUGCCAACAUGAAAGCUCCCCAGUCCCUGGCUAGUAGCAACAGUGCCCAGGCGAGAGAGAACAAAGACUUUGUCCGCCCCAAGCUCGUGACCAUCAUCCGCAGUGGGGUGAAGCCUCGGAAGGCUGUCCGUGUGCUUCUGAACAAGAAGACCGCCCACUCUUUUGAGCAAGUGCUCACUGAUAUCACCGAAGCCAUAAAGCUAGAGACUGGGGUCGUCAAAAAACUCUAUACUCUGGAUGGAAAACAGAUCGAAUUGCAAAUAAUCUCAGCUGUUAUCAAAUUGCACACCAUUAGAUUUUUUUAUGCUUGGAAAGACAGGAAAUGCUUGAAUACCGUAACCUGUCUUCAUGAUUUCUUUGGUGAUGAUGAUGUUUUUAUUGCCUGUGGUCCUGAAAAAUUUCGCUAUGCUCAGGAUGAUUUCUCCCUGGAUGAAAAUGAAUGCCGAGUCAUGAAGGGAAAUCCGUCAGCCACAGCUGGCCCAAAGGCAUCUCCAACACCUCAGAAGAGUUCAGCCAAGAGCCCUGGCCCUAUGCGCCGAAGUAAGUCUCCAGCUGAUUCAGGUAACGACCAAGACGCAAACGGAACCUCCAGCAGCCAGCUCUCUACCCCCAAGUCUAAGCAGUCUCCCAUCUCUACGCCUACCAGUCCUGGCAGCCUCCGGAAGCACAAGGCUGAAGACCCAUCAUCCAUAAACCCAUUGAGGACUUGUACCUGCCCCUGUCCUUGGAUGACUCUGACUCGCUUGGUGAUUCCAUGUGAAGGAGGACGGAGUGUGUAGAAUCCAGAGUACAAAUCCAAUCCUACCACUAAAGUAGGAUACUUCACUCUGAAGUGUCCAACAGGGCUAUUGGUGCUUUCAAUUUUUCGUUUGUUGUUGUUGUUAUUUUUCAAAAACACACUGUAGUAUGUUGGGUUUAUUUUCCUGUGAUUUCUCCUCUGGGCCACUGAUCCACAGUUACCAAUUAUGAGAGAUAGAUUGAUAACCGUCCUUUGGGUAACUUUCCAGGGAUGCCAAAUAUGCUAGUCCAUGACCUUUCUACUGAAUAUUUAGGCGCCUUCAUUAUUUUUCCUGUCUCACUUACUCAUACACUAUAGCAGUCUUCCUUCUGUAGAGGGCUGUUUACAUACUUAGCACUUAAAAUGUUUGUGUGGGGAAAAAAUCUUAUUGGCGCAUCCAAGAGUGACAAACACAAGUGCCCCUUGUCUCCGGAUCUUAAUAAUGCUGGAGGCUCCCAGGAAGAUGGCAAGGCGGCUCCCCAGCCUUGCCCUUUACUCCUGAUUGAGCCCCAGUUUGUUGUCUAGCACCAAUCCUAUCUGUCAAGGGGUAGAAACACCAGCAACUAAUAACUAUGGCACCAGAUGCUUAGGACUGUGGGGGAAGGACUAGCUAAAAGAGAUGAAGCAGAAACUUCUAAGAUGUUUCAGUAGAAGUUAAAAAGCACAGUCAAUUCUUGGUCAACUUCUCCACUGGGUCAAUUUGGAAUCAAUAAGUAAUUGAUAAGACUUUGGAAUAAAGGAUGUUAUAUAUUUGAUUCAUCUAGAAAGCUGUCCAACAUACCAAGUUAUUACAAUGAACUGUACGGUAUCCAUCUAUCUCUGUUCUAUUGAAUGCCUUGUAAACAGCCAACACUGAAAACACUGUGAGAAUUUGUUUUCAGGUCUGACACCUUUCGGUCACUUUUUAUAGCAAGAAACCAAUAUCCUUUUUAUAAAAACUCAUGUCUGUAUUUCAGGAGCAAACUCUUCAGGCUCCUUUUUUAUAAACUGGUGAUUUUUCUUUUGUCUAAAAAACACAUGCAGAAAAUUUACCAAAAAAAAUGCAGAAGAAUAAUGUAGUUUAGAAAUCAUGCUGUCACUGCCAAACAGUAACCUCCAGGAGAAUAUGAAAUGAAUAGCAGAGGCCAAUUCAAUAGAAUCAGUCUUUUGAUAGCUUUUUAACAGUUAUGCUUACAUUAAUAAUUUCAAUGUGGACCAGACAUUCUAAUUAUAUUUUAAAUGAAAUGUUAUGGCAUAUUUUAAGCAACUCUUUUUUAUCUAUAAUCCUAAUAUUUCAUACUGAAGAUACAGAAACCUUUCACUUUAACACUAGAAAGGAUUUCUCUUUAUUAAGGACUGAUCAUUUAAAAUAAUUCUCAGUCUUUGAGAUACAGGUUCAUAACACUGCUUUUUUGUCUGUAAUCAUAGCCCAUAAUGGCAAAGACAACUAAAUUUAGGUGAAAGCCAUGCAUGCUAAUUCUGUGUUUGCUUUGAGCAGAUAUGAAGAUUUCUUUUAUUGCGUUGUAAUUGUUCAGAUAUUUUGAAAGGUGCAUCAUUCAAAGCCAAGCUAUUGUUUGGCUACUGAAUGACAUGCAGUUGUCCCUCCCAUGAAUGGAAUGAGCUUGCUGUGUGUGUCUGUGUGUAUGUGAAUGUGUGUGUGUGUGUGUGUGUGUGCAUGCACACACGUGUAUAGACAUGCACAUGCUCCUUUGCAGCUGAUUCACAAUUAGGAAAUAUACUAUAAGAUAACCCAACAUGGAUUGAUGGCAACUUGGUGGCAUUGCUGAUGUGCAGGGAGAAACACCGGGUGGAAGGGGUAGCUAGAGGUCCCUAGACAAUUUCAGAAGUUCUUAAUUACCAGAAACAGUUUUGAUUCAGGAGAAGUGAGAUGAUGAUAAUACUGGUUUCUGCUUCUUCUGAUCAUUCACUGAAGAACCCCCAAAUUAUGAGGAUCUCCUUUUGAUCUCUCCUGCAUUUGUAGAUCCAUUCAAAACAUUUGAGAAACUCAUUUCACCUAGCCCCUAUUUCUUUCUAGAAGCUCACAGUUUUCAUAUUGCCUUCUAAAAUAGUUAAAAAUUAAUUAGAAAAAAAACUGGUACUUUGGAAUGGGAGUUGGGGAUAGAGAAUGAUGGGGGGUCUAUUUUUAAACUUUACACCAGGUCUUUCUAAAGACUCCAUCCACUGUCUUUCUUAAAAUUUCAUUUAGUCCCAUACCUUCAUUUUAAGAUAAAGAAAUAGAGAGGCAGCUUAAUGACUGCUGGGAGAGUAGGUAGGACCAGAGGAAGAAACCAGAUUUCCUCAUGCUCUACACAAGCUGAGAACUUCCUUGCAUGUGGCUUAUGUACCACUAGAAAAUACUAAAUGGACAUAUUGUAUUUAUAAUAAUCUUGGAAUCAGCAGUCUUCUGUAACAAUAGUACAGUUUCCAUCUUUCUUUUAAUUAAUUAUAAGGAAAUGUUUCUGUAUUGCCACUUUGAGGGGCUUGGCAUAGUUUAAAAUUCAAGCCUCCAAUAAUUGCAUUUUAAAUUAGCCCAUUUUUUCAAGGCAAAAAAAAAGUGUCACUGAGCUAAUUUACCCCUAUUAUUUGUUCCCAAUUUAUCCAGUUCAGUUUUACCACUCUAGUCCCAUUGUGUUGACUGCUUCAUGGUCAGCAAACAUCAAGUCAGCAAACAUUUGCCACCACUCCCCAUAACUACUUCUCUCUUAUACACUCACACACACACAUGUGCACACACACAAUCCAUCUGUUGCUUGUUCCUACCUCCUAAUUUUUCUUCCCUACAUAAAUAGAAAUAGGGACAAAGAAGGGGAAAUGUAUAUAUAGGGGCUGGGCUGAACAACUAACUUCAUAAGUAGUGUUAACUAGAGGUAAAUUGAGAGAAAAUCUCCUUUUCUCUUCACUGUUUUGGAAAGGAUAGCCAUUAGCAUGACUGCUUUGUGUCCUUAUGGACUUUAGUAUUAGCCUAGAUUGAAUCAUAGAGUUUUCUAGCUGGAAGGAACCUUAAGAUCACAUCAUCCACUCCCAAACUCCUCAUUUUUUUCAGGCCAGGAAAUGGAGACACAGAGGUAAAGUAAUUUCCCUGAGGUCACACAGCUGGCUAGGGGCAGGGUUGGGAUUAGAACCCGCAUCUCUUGGCUCUUAUUCCAGGGCCUUUUCCCACUAACCAAUAUUGCCUUCCAUUAGGCUCCUGAGAAUUCUUUCCCAGGGUCAUGUUGCAUCUUGGAGCCAUAUGCUGCUGCCCUGAUCUCAGUGGGAAAUCCACCCAGCAACUUAAUAUGGCCCUUUCUCCCCACAUUCACAUGGUUCCCAUUCACAUGGGCUGCAGAUGUCCCCAAAGAGAGGGAGGCAUUUAAGACCAAUAGGAACAACAGUCUAUCUAACUCAGGGGAUGCCCCAUCUUGAGGCGCCUUUGGAAUAGUCCUCUGAGCUACUAACUCUGUUAAAAAUGGAAUAAAAGAAAACUAGUUUUCCCUAUCUGCUCCACACAUGUCACCACAUACUGAUUUGUCCUCCCAGGCAAAGGACUAAAGGUUUCUUGUUUCAAGAGCAGGGAAAGGAAGAAAGGAAGAGUGAAGUAAUAGCUUUGUCCAUCCUGAUUUUCUGAGAUGGCUUUUCAGCAUUUUAAAAACUAGUGCAGCUACCAUUGCUACUGGUAAUGAUUGCUUUUAAAAUAGCAAUGAUUUCUUUCCACUAGACCAGCUAGAGAAAAUAACCUAGUCUUUCUGUGGUUGUCCUCAUACACAAUGUCCCCAUAGCCAUCCUCCCCCGAUGGGGAGAGUUUCCAGGUAUAAGCAGGGGGCAUUGUGACUAAAAUGUUCCCUGGUUGAUGUUAAACAUUGGUUCCUUGUGUUUUCACCAAAAUAGCAAGCAGUGUGCUCUAUGCACCAUACUCAUCUUCUUGUGUACACUGCUCCUGUGGCCUUCCAUGGCAGAAACCAGGGAAACAAGGUCUGAACAUGCAGCAAGGCUCUUCCUGGGAACUAAAGGGUAUUCAUUAAUUGAGUUCUAAGAGACCUCCUACUAGGCUUACUCCAUUCCUCAGGUACUUCCUUCUUCUUCCUUUGCUCCUCCUCAAUCAAAAGUAGCCAAGGAAUCUUAAUGUAGAUAUGUAGCUAUCCUCUUAGAUCCUUCUUAGAAUCACCUAGCCCAGGUCACAGACAAGGAAUUCAGUACUUGCCUUGGACAGAAUUGUAUCUCCAACCCUAAUCUCUUCAAUACUCGGGGUAGAGAUGCACCUACUCCCUCUCAAAUUUUAUUCUAAAUGUAUUUUCUUUAAAAAAAAAAUCACACGUCUCCCUGGGAUUGGAGAAAGAACAUACCCAUGUCCUCAGAAUGAACUUCAGCAUAAUACACACCAGUGGGAAUUUUUGAAAAUACAGCACACGUCAGAAACAUCUAUGUCAAGAGACUUCCCUAGACAGAAAGAAGCAUUGGAACAGUGUGGUUUGAACGACUUCCUUCACAGUUGUCUAUUUGUUAUGGAAAUAAAAGGCACUGGGUAUUAUUUUUUGAAGGUGACUAAAACUUGGUUUUGGCUACAUGGAGCCAUAGGAUUCAUGGCCAGGCCUCAAGCAUAUUUUGUCUUUGAUGCAUUAAGUCACUUGGCUUUUAGACUCAGAUUGGUUUCCUGAAUAACCCAUCAGCACUUUGCGGAGUAGGGAAGGAGCAGGAGUUCUAUGUUAUGAGACCUGGAGCCCAGAGAAGGAAGAAGCUGAGCACUGGCCCAGCCUUUAAUAGUAUGUCAGGAGUGAUAUGGGAUCUUUUUUGUAGCAAUUGAGCCUUACAAAUCUCCUGAGUCUCUUUUCUAGGAUGGAGUUUAGAAACUGUCAUAUUUCUGCCUCUGCCCUAAGAGGACUUCAUAUAAAGCUCCAUCCACUGUUCUAUGAGUCCAUGCAGGUUUUCUUCUUCCUUGCAGGUAUGACCACCUGAAGCAAGGAUAGUUCAUUGAUUUUCAUGCCUACCUUUUGGCCAGAGAGGCAUCUGUCAGAUUUUCUGGCUGUUGGUGGCCCAGAGUCAGUCUAGUGCUAUUACCAUUCAGUAGAUUGCCAUUAGUUAGCCCUUAAAACCUGUGAUUACAUAUAAGACAAUAUGGGUCAUUUUUAAAAAAUGAAUUCCCAAUUUUAUUCUUCUGGAUAGCAGAUCUCACUUCUUUGGUAUGUAGAAGACAGGUGGUUCUUGUUACACAGCAGCAAAGACACAAGUGUGGAGAGGUAAACAAAUUUCUAGAAUCAUAGAGCAAUGAUUUCAGAGGACAACCUAUUAUGGGCUGAGACUAUUAGCAGAUUCUCCUAGCCCCUUCCAUUUUCUCUCCUCACAGUCUAGAAGUCUCACUCUUCAUCAGUCUAUCUUUCAGUAUGCCUGACCCUCUUAUCCCUUCAGGAAAAUGGGUGUUUCUUCUCUAUCUCCUCUACUCUGCUUCCCAGAGCUUGCUUCCAUUCCCAAAGCUCUGCUGUGGUCUUCACAUGCAGCCUCUUGAUGUUGCUUCCUGCUUGUUUUCUUGUUAAGGAUCCAUGCAGCCCUCAACAUUAGCCAAGCUUGUUGGCAUAGGCUACCAUUUGCAAUGUCUGACUUUUUAUCCCUUAGUUUAUUGGCUUCAACAUCUUCUGGAAUUAGAGGUGAAUUUUUCUUACCUUGGAUGUCUGGGGCUAGGGGAGUAUAGGAUGCCCAUUUGGAAUUAAGGCGUCUUCCUUCUCCUGAUCACAGAAGGUGGGUUAGUUGAGGGAGAUCAGAUGACAUAAUAGAAGUCAGAAUAAACACCUUGUAAACUAAGGCGAAGACUUGAAGGCAUAGGAAUUUCUCAUUUCUGGGAAAUAACCUGAAGAAAUCAAUGGCUUUUUGCCACUUUACCUCCACCAUGUAUCACUUUUUUUUCUUUUCUAUUUCCCUAUAUUUGUUCUCAGUUUAUGCUCUGUUAUCACUCUCUUUUUACUGUGCAAUUGUUUGAUCACUUUUUGGUUUUUCCUCCUCCCUGUCUAGGCACUGAGCAUAUGCUUUUUCUUAGCCUGUGAUUUUUGCCUUGGAAUUGAUGCAAAAUUAUUUCCAGACUCAACCAGCCCUAGUCUUACCCCAGUAUAGUCAGAAGCAUGUUGGUGGGAAUUAACCUGACCCUGGCCCUUUGUCUUUUCCAUUUUCAGUCUCAGCAGACCUCAAUCAUUUUUCUUAGAGCCCAUUUAUCUUUAGGCCGUUGCCUUCCAAGCACUGUACAGAAUACUUUGUGGUUCCUUUGUAGUCUGCCAUUUUUGUGGAGCAGUGAAGUGUGCUCAGAGAAAUACUCAGCUGAACAGAAAAAAUCCACCCAUGGAUUCAUAUCAGCUAAAUACUAUUAGUUGAUUUUGUUUAAUUUGCUCAUAGUUGAAAAAGCUGCAAUAUAAUGAGAGACCACAGGUGAUUGCUCCUGCCAUUUGGUUUGGCUGGGUGGGGAUGGGGGGGCAGGAGCAAUUUGUUUAAACUUUUACCACUACUCAUUAAGCUCUCUGUAAUAACCUUUUGUUUUGCAUUUGCCAACUGUUGAGUUGGUCAAGCUCAACUGGUAGGCAACUGGGGUUAAUUUAAAUGAAAAGGGUAUUUAACAAAUCCAUACUAUAAAAAGAAACAUUCAUUUAAUUGAGAUGUAGUUUUUCCUUCUGUUACAGAUUCACCUCAACCUUUUAUUUUUGACACCAACUGCACAGGCAGUCCCUAUAUAUGUAAUCAGUGGGCCUAGAGAAACUAACUUGUUAGGUGUUCAUUUAUUCAGCAGAGUUCACAGCCCCUGGGAAUGUCACUGCUUGGCAAUAUCAUAUGGGAUGCCGAAAUUUCCAAUGAGUUUCUUUAUAAUUUCUCUUAAUGGGGCUUAAGCAAGUAGGAGGUUAUACCAAAAUGUCUCCAGUGUAUGGUCCUGUAAUAUAUUGCAGCUUGAAGCCAAUGAUCCCUUAUGACUUGUACACAACUAAUGCAUGUUUUGAUUGAAUUUUGCAUUUCUCAUAUGUGGUAAGUUCUUUAAAACAUUUUUGGUCACCUUUUUGUGCCAUUAAACUUGUAUAGAAAAUGUUUUUAUGGCCAUUUUCAAAGGGAGAAAGUUUAAAAUGGAAACAGCCCACCCUUUGUGCCCUAUAGCUGUAGUUAGGAUUGAGUAACUGUAGCAAAACAGCUGUAAUUGGUGGUUGUAGUGUUAGAGGCGUUAGCUUGCUAGUGACUAGCUUUGGAGAGUAAAUGCAUGGUAUUGUACAUCACAUUUCUUAACUAACUCAUUUUAACCUCUGAAAAUAAUAUAUUCUUCCUUGUGGCCCUUCUCCCCUCUCCCGCUCCCUGCUCCCAGGUAUCUUCCCUGCUCCCAGGUAUCUUGUAAAUAAAUGAUUUAGGGGCCAAUCAUUCUUGCCAAGUAAAGUCAGCAAAGAAUAAAUAAGCCAAAAGGGGAGAAAGACAUUUCUCAGCAGUUAUUGACCAUUUCUCAAGGAAUGGCAUAGUGAUCAAAGACUCAAUUCCCUUUCACAUAAAAAUCAGUGGCAAAUUGGGAGUGUCUUUGUUUGAUCACAUUACAGAAUUGAAUAGUUCUCAGAAUCACAUGAAAUCCAAAGACAAUAGACAAUGAUGUCCUUAUCCCUGCAGUAGUUUUGGGGAAUUUGGAGACAUCCAAAGACCAAUGACCAAUAAUUAUUUGAAAAGAAAAAAAGAAAAGAAAAACAGAGAAAUAUAACAUACUUAUGAGUUUUAGUCAUCUCUUUAGAAUGGUUAUUAUCGGAAAAGACGAGGACCUGGGUUUAUAUGCAUUGCUGUUUCCCAGGUACUGCUUAGCCCACUCUUAGAUUGCAAUUUUCCUUUUUUGGUUUGCUGUUACCUUUGGACUGGUAGGUUUGGUGAGGCCCAUGUAAAACUGGUUGGGGCAGACCCUUUUUAUCUCCUGUGCCUGUUAACAUCCCUUUCCCCCUCUCCCCCUUCAUACUUUGAUGAGGGCUCUUUGGUCAGAGGACUUCAAGGUCGUCUAGAGAAGUUCCCCAUGCGUGUAAAGUGUUGUGAACUGUGAAUGCUGCAGAUUCACAGUGUUCAAUACUGUGCAGCCAAAGAGCUGCUCUUGCAAUCAUUUUGGCUCUCAAGCUCUGUUCUCCAUUGCAUUCUCUUUUUUGUGUACAUUUGCAAGAUGGGUGUAAUGUCAUUUUCCAAAAAUAAAAUUUGAUUUCAAUA